AUGUUUUCCAUCUCUCCAGGUAAAAUAUCAGCUGCACUGAUGUCUAGCACCAAGCCAUUUAGCUGUGUGGGGGUAGAUUGGAUCUUGUGGGGUGGAUUAAAGGAGGCUUCUAUAGAACACCAUCUUCCAGGUUGGUCUACAAGCCCCACCAAUGGUUCCUGUUUUCCAUGUAGCCUUUCCAUUGGAGGGGAGGGGUUGCUCUUGUCUCAGCAGCUGCUUUGGAUGGAAGGGCAUGCUGAGUAUUGUUGUUUCUCACCAAACCUAUCUUCAGGACUCUAUGGCAGGGCAUGUUUUCCAUCGAUCCAGAUCCCACAAAGUGAGGAGGAACCCCGGGGGAGUCUCAUGGGGAACAUCACCAACAAAAAGAGUACCAUGCCUCAGGAAGGUGCUGCUCAAUUUUCCAAGUUAGAAGAAGAUAUUUUAUGUUCCAUUUGUCUCCAUGAGCUCUCGGAUCCGGUCUCCAUCACGUGUGGUCACACCUUCUGCAGAGGCUGUAUCACCAAAUAUUGGGACGCCCCGGGGCUCCUUGGUUACCGCUGCCCCGAGUGCAGGACAAUCUGCCCCAAAAACCAGCUCAUCCCGGCCUACAGGCUGAAGAACGUGGUGACCAAGGUCCAACUGGCCGUCAAGGAGGAGCAGAGCAGAGAGAUUCCACCUUCUGCCCUUCAACUGGUGUACACAGAUAAUGAUGAAAGAUUGCAACUGGAUGAGUCGGUGGCACAGAGAUGCUUCUUGGACACAGAGGUGUCGGAAUACCCCCUGUGCCUUAUCUGUGUGAUUGGAGAGAAGCGGAGAGGAAAGUCCACCCUACUGAAUUAUAUCCUGAGAGCCCUUCACUGUCUGGAGAGACAGCAGCCGGUCAGUCUGGGGCAGGACGAGGAGCCCCUCACAGGGUUUGAAUGGAGAAGUGGUGUUGACAGCCUAACAAAGGGGAUCUGGAUCUGGAGCAAACCCUUCAUCCUGGAGAGGAAUGAGGAGAAGAUGGCGGUAUUUGUCCUGGACACGGAGGGCUCGCUGGAUAUCGAGGGUGACCGGGAGACCUGCCUGAAACUUUCUGCACUGUCUAUGCUGCUCAGCUCACAUCUGAUUUUUAAUGUGAACGCAUGUCUGAAAACCACAGAACUGGAUUAUCUGGAGAUGUAUCUUCAUGUGUCCGAACUGACAGGAACGUCAUUUUCACUGCAAUAUCUCCAGCACUUGGAUGUUCUGGUGAGAGACUGGCAGGAUCCUGACCGCUGUGGCCGUGAAGCCGCUCGUACCUACCUACAGCAUGAGAGUGAGAAACUGAGGCUGCGGAAAGGUUCAGAAUAUCGUCUUUUGUUGGACACUCUUAGAAGUCCGUCUAUCAGCGGCUUCCUGUUGCCCCAUCCCGGGAAAAGGUUCCUGAGAUCAAGUCGGGGCACACUGGCAGACAUGGAUGAGGACUUCAAGGAUCACCUCACAAGAUACAUCUCCGAUCUUGUGUCAGGAGUUUGGCUCCACCACAAAACCGAUAUCAGUGGAGAGAAGAUCACCUGCUGCCGUGUGGGGAUAGCGCUGAAGGAAUUUGUCAUCAUGCUACAGAGGAGACCGUACAGCUUUACUUCCCCCUUGCAGAUGUUUUUUUCACUUGAAAACCGGAAACACAUGAGUACCGUCUUACAGAAAUUCCAGGAAUACUUGGAGCAGCAGCUCCCGGCCAACGCUUCUCCAUUUAAGGUCCUCGGGGUGAGGACAUCUGAGAUGAGGACCAGGGUCAGCGAGCAGGCCGAUGUUCUUCUAGACACGUAUGAGGGUAUCCUGAGAGGAGAUAACCCCGCGGAGAAGGAGAUGCUCAUGGAGGAGAUGAAAUCUCUGUUGAAAGAAAAACAAGAUGGUUUCUGCGCCGACUAUUCGAAGCGCUUCACCAGGUGCGCGGUGGGUAUUGGCUGCGCCAUAGGAGGCGGAGUCCUGAGCCUGGCCGGUGGGGUUGUAGGGGCAGCCGUGGCUGGGACUGUGCUCGCUGUUGAGGCUGUAGGUUUAUUGGGCAGCACGACCGCGGCGGUGGUCACGGGGGCGCUCGGAGGCGGAGUCACCCUCGGAGCUAUCGGCACAGGGGUUGGAGCGGGCGUCGGUCGCGUUAUUGGACACGUGGAAAAGAAAAAAGACACAAGAGCUGAGCGCAGUACAGAGACGUCCACGGAGGACACCAAACAUCUGGUGGACAAAUAAGACGGACGCCAUCCCUGGAAAUAUCUCUGGAAGGAUCUUCUUUACUUACGGACUGUUUACUAGAACGCUGGCACUUUCUUUUACCAGAUAUCUUUAUGUGUAUUUAACGUUUAUUAGAUUUACAUUUUUGGGUAAUUUAUAUUUUGAUUCAUCUGAAUUUGGAUUUAGUCUUUACAUUACAUUUCGUUCAGAGCUAAAAAAUAACAUAAAAAUGACAAUACAUUAUAGAAACCGGAUACGGGGCCCGCGCCAACCGGCUUUUGUUGGCAUCAGAACUGCUUAUUUUCCUUCAUAAGAGUGCAAAAGCAGUUCAGAGCAGGUUGGUGCAUCUUAGAAGGUUACCUGGACCUGUUAAUGAACCAUGAAUGACCUCUGAAGCAGGGGUCUCAAACUGGCUGUUGUGGAACUACAUUUCCCAUCAUGCCUCUGCCUGAGGGAGUCAUGUGUGUAACUAUCAGCCUUCCAAUGCCUCAUGGGACUUGUAGUUUUGCAACACCUGGAGGGCCACCAGUUUGAGACCACCCUGCUCUAAACUCAUCUCAAGUGCAAGUGAAAUCAACCUGAAGGCAAACGGCCCAUCAUCAAAGGCCCACGUAGGGGACGUCUCUAAAUGACACCAAUGCCCCUCAGGUCCAUUGAAGGCAAACUUUGUUCUGUAACUUUUUUUUUCCAAUAAACUACGAGUUUCUAAUUCUC